CAGUGUUAGUGUUAGUGUCCGCCCGUGUGUUGUGGUGUGCAGUGCUCUUGUCUGGAUAAACAGCUGUUUGGCAAGGUCGUUGGCAGUUUUGGAGUGCGGAAUCGCAGGAAUUUCCUGCCGGGAUCUUCCCAGAAGAGUGGACGCUCCUAGAAUUAGAUGUUGAUUUGAUACGAUAGCAGCUCGAUUGACUGGUGACUGGAAUUGUUACGAACUUAAAAGGACAUGAUGUGCUCCAGAUAGCCAUGAGGCUGUUUCGUAGUCGUCGCCUUAGCGAGGUGUCAGAACCCCCGCAGGACCUUCUCCCAGAAACACCGCAGGACUCUCCGAAGGACCUGCGCUACCAGACCGUCACAGCAGUGCCUGCAGUCAUCCUGGAGGAUGAUCCGCCCAAGGAGAUGAAAAGAAAGUUAUCGACAUGGGGGAGAAAGAUGGGAAGAAAAUUAGACGUGUUGCGCAGAAGUGAUUCCAGAGAGUCUCUGAACAGCAUAACGUCAAGGGAAAGCGUAAAGAAGAAAUCCAUCUGGAGGAUAGGACGAAGUGCUUCAGAGAAUAUCCAUGAAGCAGAGAAGAAGGCAGAUCGGUCACCUUCGUCGAUCAAAGGUUUCUUCAUCAGAAUGGGCUCCACGGGAAUGCUCAACAGCUCAAGGCAGAGUUCACCAGCACCUGUUGAUUCCUCGGGGAACGCUUUGUUCCGUAGUGUGUCUACCUCUCAGCUGGCAACGUCUUAUGUGCGAGGCGAUGAUCCUGCAGACUGUCUAGACUUGGGCAGCCAGAACCAAACUAAUCAAAAACAAAAAUGUGUAAACUUACAUUCCGAGACACCUGUUUCUAACAAACCUUCCAACCCGACUGAUCCCGGGUAUGUACCUCUGAAAACCUUAAGCUGUGAUAAUAUCUCCCGACUUGGGACAAACGUUUCUACUCUCCCACCACCUGUCUCGCGGAAAGCAAACUUCCCUUAUGCGUUUUUAAGAUCGAAACUCUCAGUACUACCUGAAGAAAAUGGCGGUUGUGUGGCUAGCCAGAAAUUUAGACCUAGAUCGCAAAGAGACAGCUUUUCUGAGUGCAAAUAUUCAGGAGAACAGUCUGAGAAAGCUUUCCGUUUGAGAGCUAAUUCAGAAGAGUACUUUCCUACAAGCAACAGCCCGGAACCGUCAACGCUCAUAGAGUGCAAUACUCUGGGGAGAAGAAGAAGAUCGAGUUUUGAAAUUAGCUCGUUGAGGAGGCUAAAUGGAAGACACUAUAACGGGUUUGUGAGUAAUUGUAGUUUGGAGUCAGAGGACAAAAAGCCAGCUGCAAAUGGGAACUACGUUAGCUCAAAUGAAUCAGGCUAUGACAGUGAUGGGCAAAGACCCUGUGAGGAGAGACGGGAUGAGGUACAGACUGAACGUGAUGAUGAUAGUGGGAUACUCGCUAAUGAUAGCUUUGACUGCGGAUCACUUCAGGACUUUGAAUUGGCCCAUUCUGCGAAAAACAGUAGACGAUUAUCAUGUGAUCUCAGUAAUCUAGGAAGCAUAGACAAACCUGAUGAAUGGAAACAUCGGAACCAAGACGAUUCGCUCAGCAUUUCUAGCGAGAGGAAGUACUCGCUAUCCAACGGGGUGGAAUGGGAGCGAAAAUGUUACUCUGGUAGACUUCUUCCAUCCCUCAGCUACAAAUGUUCUCUCGGCUCAAAUGACAGUUUAGACAAAGGGGGAAGUACAGGGUCAUUAUCACGGAAGUUUAGUCUGAACGAACAAGCGAUGAAAUACAUCAAUGGUAAAGACACAUGCAGAUCACCCUCAAUAAAACCACCUGUGAAACCCUUUACAAGACAUAUGUUUGUCAAAAACACCAGCAAGUCUGACAACAAGAGGUACCAGUGUUCUUCAGCGAAGAGCUCUUGGCCAUCGGCGGAGGAGAUGUCUUCACUUCCACCUUACUUCAACGACAGUGUCUAUAGUGACACACCAGCUAGGCGAUACCGGCUGAUCCGCCUUCUCAAGGUAAAUGCAGAUGAUGAGUUGGGGAUCUACUUGACCAUGGAGAUCCACCAAGUCACCUUGGACUCCCCGGCCAGUAGGACAACAAGAUACAUCGUUCUGAGGCUGGAGAAGGGAGGCAUUGCAGAGAGGGACGGAAGGAUAAGGGUCGGGGACGAGGUGAUCAACGUGAAUGGUAGAUUGCUGCGAGGUCUCUCUACUCUACAAGAGGUGCACGCCAUGUUGAACCACCCCCUGGGCGGGGCUGCGGGGCCGGGGUAUGUGGUGGACAUAGUCAUCGCCAGGGACGACGAGAGAGACCCACCAAACAGGAGGUUCUCGAUGACGGAUGUUCAAGAUGAUUGUCAGGUGGUAACUGCAAGUCCGUACAACCCAGAUGUAGAAAGACAGACUGUUGAGACGGAACCAGCAAGAGACAAACGGUCUGCAGUGGCUGUCAUCAAUAGAGUCCUGGCCGCAUCUGUUAAGGCUACUGCGGCGAAAACUGCAACACCCAUGGAGGUGGAUGAAGGCAGUCAUUUCGUGACAUCUAGACACACAGUGGUAUUUCACAAGGGGAUUGGCCGUAAGUCUCUUGGCUUUAGCAUCGUAGGAGGCACAGACUCUCCGAGAGGGCAGAUGGGAAUCUUUGUCAAAACCAUCUUCGCCUCAGGACAGGCAGCAGAAGAGGGAAGUCUCCUUGAAGGGGAUGAGAUCGUAUCUGUGAACAGUCAGCCUCUAGAAGGGUUGUCCCACGCUGAAGCCAUCACCGUCUUCAAGAAGAUUCGUUCUGGUCAAGUAACUUUAGAAGUACUCAGAAGAAGGAUAACAUCAAGAAAUCAAAAGACGAAAUCAGCCACCACCAAAGACUCAUAAGCUCACUAAUUUAAUGUAUAAAAGUCCAGCUUUAUAGAUAGUUUAUGUAAAAACCUACAUUCGAGUUAUGUACAAACUAUUAUUUAUACUGUUAUAUUUGUAUAUUUAUCUGUGUAUAUUUUUAUAAUUUUUUUAUCAUUCCAUUUUAAGUAGAUCUUAAAUUAGAUUUAAUGUUGUAAAUAAACAUGUAAAACCAGCAAAAGCUUUGUUAUUAUUACAUGUACAGUAGAUUAAUUAUUUUCCAUCUUUAUUGAGUUUGAUUUGAAGUUUUAUUUAUUAAAAAUUCUGCAACUAUGUAAAAUUUUGAAAUAUACCGUAGUAAACUUCUAAGUAUGUUUAACAAAGUAAAAUGUUCAUGGUAAAAGGUAUUUUUGGUAAUACUGUACAAUUAUUUUACUAUUUACUGACCAGUAUGAAAUUUU